AUGAAGUGCACUCCCGAGAAUGGUUUCUUUCCGGAUUUAUCUUCUGUGUCUCGAACUGAUGUCAUAUUUUUUUGUUCACCUAACAAUCCAACUGGUGCUGCUGCAACAAGGGAUCAACUGACUCGACUGGUGCAGUUUGCAAAGGACAAUGGUUCGAUUAUAGUCUAUGAUUCUGCGUAUGCAAUGUAUAUAUCUGAUGACAAACCAAGGUCCAUCUUUGAAAUUCCUGGUGCAAAAGAGGUUGCCAUUGAGGUUGCAUCAUUUUCCAAAUACGCUGGAUUUACGGGAGUCCGUUUAGGUUGGACAGUGGUUCCCAAGGAGCUUCAAUUUUCCGAUGGGUUUCCAGUGGCCAAGGACUUCAAUCGUAUUGUUUGUACUUGCUUCAAUGGUGCAUCUAACAUCGCCCAAUCUGGAGGUCUGGCAUGUCUUUCACCAGAAGGCCGCCAGGCUAUGCAGGAAGUGGUUGGUUUCUAUAAAGAAAAUGCCAAAAUCAUUGUCGAAACUUUCACUUCACUUGGUUUUCACGUUUAUGGGGGGGACAAUGCACCAUAUGUGUGGGUUCACUUUCCCGGCCAGAAAUCAUGGGAUGUUUUCAGUAAAAUUCUUGCGAACACCCAUGUUGUUACAACUCCUGGCAGUGGUUUUGGACCUGGCGGUGAAGGUUUUGUGAGGGUUAGUGCCUUCGGUCAGAGGGCCAAUGUGUUGGAAGCGUGUAGAAGAUUGAAGGAGUGUACAUGUGAAGAAAUGACAUCCAUUUUCUAUCAUAUUAGAUGUUUUAUGCUAUUGUAG